AUGGCGGGGCCACCGAGGUCUGCCAGCCCCGGCGCCUACCUGCUGGCCCUGCCACCUACCUGCGGCCCCGCCACCUACCUGCGGCCCCGCCACCUACCUGCGGCCCCGGCGCCUACCUGCGGCCCCGAUACCUACCUGUGCAGCCCCGGCGCCUACCUGCGGCCCCACCACCUACCUGCGGCCCCGGCGCCUACCUGCGGCCCCAGUGCCUACUUGCGGCCCCGGCGCUCCCCGUCCCGUCCCGUCGCCUACCUGUGCGGCCCCGACGCCGCCUCUACCGGCCUCGGCGCCGUCCCCACACGGCCCCCCGCCGUCACCACUACGGCGCGGGCGCCGUCGCCUGCUGCAGCGCCGCCCUCCACCCGACCACCGCUCGAGCCGCCACACCCUGCCGAGCAGCCGGCCGCCGAGCCGCCCUGCAGCCGAGCCGCCGAGCCGCCCUGCAGCCGAGCUACCGAGCCGCCCAACCGCCCUGCAGCCGAGCCGCCAAGCCGCCUAGCAGCAGAGCAGCUGAGCCGCCGAGCCGCCGAGCCGCCCAGCAGCCGAGCAGCCGAGGCGUCGAGCCGCCCAGCAGCCGAGCCGCCGAGUCGCCCUGCACCCGACCCGCCUGCGCCGCCGAGCCGCCCUGUUUGUGUCCUCACUUUUGACGCUGAGGGUCGGGCCAUUGACUUUGACGUCUGGGUAAAUGACCUGCAGCUUUUCUUACAGUGCGAUAGGGCAGACGAUCUCUCCCUCUUUGACCUCACUUCUGGUGCAUCUCCUGCCCCCGCUGCUGAUGCUAACGCCACUGUUCGCUCACAGUGGGCCACGCGCGAUGCUGCUGCACGUCUUGCUGUGCGUCGCCACCUGCCUACCUCUGAGCUCACCCGGCUCCCUGACUCCCUUCGUGUAGUCAGGGACCACUUCCUCUCAGUUUGCCCCACCACUCUCACCGUUGACCUCCUCGAGAAGGCCCUCCUAGCAGCUGAGAAGAGCAUAGUCGCUGUAGGAGCCUCUCGUGGUGACCCUCGCACUCCCAUCUUUGAGGGGUGUUCCCCCUCCCCUCUUUUGCCCUCUGUUGCCUCUGCUGCUGCGGCUGACCUUGUUGGUCUAGAGUCGGUCGGUGCGGCGUCUACCCCUAGCGGGAAGCGUCGCUCUGGCAAGGGCAAGGGGGGCAGGGGCGCUGGAGGAGCUAGCGGUGGCGGUAUAAGCGGCGGUGGAGGCAGUGGAGGGAGUGGGGGUGGUGGUGGGAGUGGUGGCGGGGGUGGAGGUGUCAGCGGCGGCAGUUAG